AUACUGAAUCUGCUAUGACACCGGAGAAGGGGGGGAAGUCAUUUAUGCAGAGAGAGAGAUCUGCCUUUUUCCACUCACACCCCACGUUCACACUCUGGAAGGGACUUAAGAGGGGAAGCUACUGAAAGGUGAAAGGAGCCAAAGAUUCUAAGCAAUUUUAACUCUAACACUGUAUCCCAAGGAAGGUCUAGGAGUGAAGAGUGUGAUGAUCCGGAGCUCAAUCAGCAUUUGGCAGCAGAAUAAUGGAUUAAAAUUGCAAGACUACUCCAGAGCCAUCACGGAGUUAUAAAAGUGCCUUAUCUGGAAACUUUGAUCCACGCUGCCUCGCUAACCUUUCACCCUCGCACUUCUCUCCCUCACCUGGCUGAGUUUUUAGGAGCAGGGAGCUUAUUUGGAGGGGGCACAACAUGGCUAUAAACUUGCUGUCCGGAUGGUGUCUGCUGUCAGUGCUGCUGGGGAUACUUGUACCUACUGGAUGGGGACGCAUGUUCACUAACCACUGGGCAGUGAGGAUAUCAGCGGGAGCCCAGGAAGCCGAGAGGAUAGCUAGCAAGUACGGAUACGUCAAUAGGGGACAGAUUGGAGCACUCCACGAUUACUACCACUUUUAUCACAGUAGAACAAUCAAGAGGUCAGUUUUGUCCAGCAGAGGACCACAUAGUUUCAUUUCAAUGGAACCAAAGGUGGAGUGGAUACAACAGCAGGUGGUUAAAAGGAGGAUAAAGAGGGAUUAUAAACAAACUAAUACCCAAUCCACUUAUUUCAAUGAUCCCAAGUGGCCAAGCAUGUGGUACAUGCACUGCAAUGAUAAUGCUCAUCACUGUCAGUCGGACAUGAAUAUCGUAGGCGCUUGGAAGAGAGGAUAUACUGGAAAGAAUGUUGUAGUUACAAUCCUGGAUGACGGCAUUGAAAGAAACCACCCUGACUUGAUGCAGAAUUAUGAUGCCCAGGCCAGCACUGACAUCAAUGGCAAUGACUUUGACCCAAUGCCUCGAUAUGAUGCAAGCAAUGAAAACAAGCAUGGAACCCGUUGUGCUGGGGAAGUGGCAGCUACUGCAAAUAACUCACACUGUACAGUGGGAAUUGCAUUUAAUGCCAAAAUUGGAGGAGUACGUAUGCUUGAUGGAGAUGUAACAGACAUGGUGGAAGCAAAAUCUCUCAGCUUAAACCCACAACAUGUACAUAUUUACAGCGCAAGUUGGGGUCCUGAUGAUGAUGGAAAAACAGUAGAUGGACCCGCAUCGCUUGCUCGCGAGGCAUUUGAAAAUGGCAUCAGAACAGGUAGAAGAGGAUAUGGCUCAGUGUAUGUAUGGGCAUCUGGCAAUGGUGGUCGAAGUCGUGAUCACUGUUCAUGUGAUGGCUACACCAAUAGCAUCUACACAAUCUCCAUCAGCAGUACGACUGAGAGUGGCAAGAAACCCUGGUAUCUGGAAGAGUGUGCAUCAACGCUGGCUACUACAUACAGCAGCGGGGAGUCAUAUGACAGGAAAGUGAUCACCACAGAUUUGCGACAGCGUUGCACAGACAGCCACACGGGAACCUCAGCAUCAGCUCCUAUGGCUGCAGGAAUUAUAGCUCUUGCUCUGGAAGCAAAUCCAUUUUUAACCUGGAGAGAUGUACAGCAUAUUAUUGUUCGAACUUCACGCCAAGGACACUUAAAUGCUCCUGACUGGAAAACCAAUGCAGCAGGGCACAAAGUAAGUCAUCUUUAUGGCUUUGGUCUGAUGGAUGCAGAAGCUAUGGUGAUAGAAGCAGAGAAAUGGACAACUGUCCCUGCUCAACAUAUUUGUGUGGAGAACACUGACAGACAGAUCAGAACUAUUCGACCAGACAAUGUUGUUCGUUCCAUAUAUAAAGCCACUGGCUGUGCUGACAAUUCCAACCACCAUGUGAUCUACUUGGAGCAUGUAGUUGUGCGCAUUACUAUUACUCAUCCAAGACGGGGAGACCUAGCUAUUUACCUCACAUCUCCUUCAGGCACCAGAUCACAGCUGCUGGCUAACAGAUUGUUUGACCAUUCCAUGGAAGGAUUCAAGAAUUGGGAAUUUAUGACUACUCACUGCUGGGGAGAGAAAGCUUCAGGGGACUGGAUACUGGAGAUUCAUGAUACUCCUUCACAGCUUAGAAACUUCAAGACACCCGGAAAGUUAAAAGAAUGGUCGUUAGUUCUGUACGGCACAUCUAUUCAGCCUUACUCCCCUAGGAAUGACUUACCUAAAGUAGAGCGCGUUAGAUCCAGCCCUGUGGAGGAACCAUCAGAAGAUUAUAGCAUGGAUGACUACACAGGUCCAUGCAAUGUUGAAUGCAGCAACGGUGGAUGUGAUGGACCUGGACCCUACCAGUGCAAUGACUGUCUUCAUUUUUCUUAUAAAGCAAAAAAUAACACACGGGUAUGCGUUUCAGAAUGUCCUUCUGGUCACUACAACGCAGACAAAAAAAAGUGCAAAAAAUGUUCUUUUCACUGUGACACAUGUAAAGGGAGCCGUAGUGACCAAUGCACAAGCUGUAAGCUGGGCUUCUACCUUAUUGAAGAAACUAAUAGCUGUGCUUCUAGUUGUCCAACUGGCUUUUACCUGAAUGAACAUAAAACCCUUUGUCAAAGAUGCAGUGAGAACUGUAAGACAUGCACUUCAGAUCAGACCUGCACAGAGUGCAAACUGGGCUUAAGUUUACAAGGAUCCAGAUGUGCCAUCAACUGCGAAGAUGGAAAAUAUUACAGUGCUAACAAGAAGGAGUGUGAACCAUGUCACCGAUCUUGUGCCACAUGUACAGGUCCUGGAAUAGAUAACUGUAUAAACUGUACAGAAUUCAGUUUAUAUGAAGAUGGGAAAUGUGUUGUAACAUGUAGUACUGGGUACUAUUUUGCUCAAUCCAAGACAAAUGGAUAUAAAACCUGUAAAAGAUGUGAUGCCAGUUGCUUAGCAUGCUCGGGUCCGGGUGACAGAAACUGUACAAGCUGUCCAGACGGUUACGUAUUAGAGGGCAACGUCUGUGUAGUAGGGAUGGUCUGUAAAGAUGGACAAUAUCUGGAUAAAUCUGAGGGCUGUAUAUCCUGUGAUGCUUCAUGUUCAAAGUGCACCGGGCCUGGAAGAAGUAAUUGUAUCGGCUGCUCCAUUACAAGGAUUUUUAACGAUGGACAAUGUGUUCUCAAAUGUCCCACUGGCAAAUAUGAAUUCCACAGACAGUGUCACAUGUGUCAUAACACCUGCCAUGAAUGCAGUGGAAGUGAGCACAACAGAUGUACAUCGUGUGGUGCAGAUAUAAAUGGAAGAAUGCGCUUCCUCUACAAAGGAGAAUGCAGGGAAGCCUGCCCCCAGGGUCAUUAUGCUGCAGAGAGCACCUGUAUGCAGUGCCCAGACAACUGUGAACUGUGCAACAAGGACUCCACAUGUGUCAGAUGCUUGGAAAGAUACUACCUCAACAAUGGCAUCUGCCAGGAGCUACAGUGUGCUGAAGGUGAAGUAGAAGAUCCUGACACUGGAAAAUGCAUGUCAUGUGCUAAAGGAUGUCGACAGUGCUUACCAGAUGAUCCUACAACAUGCACCUCCUGUAUUAAUGGAUACUACAUGUUUGAAAGUCUCUGCUAUGAGAAUUGCCCAGAUAAUACUUACAACAAAGACUCAGAGAUGAUCUGUAUUGAGUGUGAUUUCUCUUGUUUUACCUGCACUGAAGAUGAGUGUUUCUGGUGUGAGGAAGGAUUCUUUCUCCAAGAUGGUGCAUGUGUAAGUAACUGUGGUGUUGGGUUUUAUGCUGAUGACAUUGAUCGAGAAUGUGAGUCUUGUCACAAAUCAUGUGAAUCGUGUUUGGGACCAGACUAUGAUGAGUGCACAGCCUGCAAAAAAAACUUUCCGCUCACCAAUGGAAUAUGUAUAGACCCUUCAAAAAUGCAACAGGCAAGAACAUUUUGGAAUGGAAAUGACAAUGUUUAUCAGCCCUGUGAUAAAUCAUGCAAGACCUGCAAUGGAUCUGCUACAGCUUGCACAUCUUGUCAGUCAGGUACCUUUCUUAUGGAAGAAAGUUGCAUUUACACAUGUCCUAAAGGAACAUUUAGUAAUGAAAAGGAUCAUCGGUGUGAGAAAUGUACAUCUGGGUGUGAGCAGUGCACAGAAACUGAUGAAUGUUUGCGGUGUUUAAGUGGUUAUCUGCACGAUGGGAUAUGUCACAACAAAUGCCCAGAUGGUUUUGUUGGCAUUGGAGGUGGCUGUACAGAGUGUGAUGGUAUCUGUAAAACCUGUGAAGGAGUGCCUGAAUACUGCCUAUCAUGCAGUGCCCCUAAUGUUCUGGAGCAAGCCACGUGUAAAAGCUCUUGCUCAGACAAAUACACAGCUGUUAAUGGCGUCUGCAAGCACUGCCCUCCUAACUGCCAGGGAUGUGCCGAUGAAAACACCUGCACAGAAUGUAUUGCUGAAUAUUUCCUUUUAGAUAAGGAAUGUUUGGACGAUUGUCCUGAUGGAUAUUAUGAUGGAAAUGGAAUCUGUCAUAAAUGUGACCCAAUGUGUGCACAAUGCAGUGGGCCUAACCCUAAUGACUGUGAAGAAUGUGCCAACACUAGAUUUUUUCUUUAUAAUGGUGAGUGCUUUGGAAGAUGCCCAAAAGGAUCCUAUUAUGACUCCAACACCAAAGAAUGCCAAGAUUGUGACAACGAAUGCAAAUCCUGCUCUUCCUCUAUAGCUUGCGAUGAAUGUAGAGAUGGACUGGUUAAAAACAGUGAAGGUCACUGUGUGUCACACAAGGACUGUUCUAUUUAUGAGUAUCAAGACCAGCAUCACAGCUGUAAACCAUGUCAUAAGCAGUGCUCUCGGUGCACUGGACCCACCAAUCAUCAUUGCCUCAGCUGCAAAGAGGGCCACUACCUUUUAAAUUACACUUGUGUUGAAAAGUGUCCUGACGGAUAUUACACAGAAGAGGAUGAAAGACGCUGUGCACCCUGUCACAGUAGCUGCAAGACUUGCACUGGGAGACGUAGUACCCACUGUCUUUCUUGCAAAGAAGACUGGUAUUUACUUGGCCACUCCUGUGUACAGAACUGUGUCACUGGAUAUUAUGCUGAUAAUUCCACUCGUAAAUGUGAAAAAUGUCACAUCAAAUGUGAGACUUGUUUUGGUCCCGAGUCUUCAAAUUGUCUAUCAUGCUACAAGAAUUUUUUUCUAAUGCACAGCAAAACACAGUGUUUGAAUUCAUGUCCAGAAAGUUACUAUGAAAACUCUGGUCAAAAAACCUGUGAAAGAUGCCACCCCACCUGCAAGACAUGCAGCGGUUCUGGAGCCCUUUAUUGUAACUCCUGUUUUUGGAACUAUCAGCUGUUUGGUGGAGUCUGUGUAUCAGAAUGUCUCGCAGGUGAAUUCAAAAUUAAAGAGGAUCCAGAUCUGCAGUGUGACAAGUGUCAUGAUUCCUGUGUAGAGUGCAAGGGAGCGGGACCUCAGAACUGCACUGUGUGCCCAGCAAGCUUUGCCCUGUAUGUAGAGGAAGGGCGCUGUGUGCACUGUUGCAGCACCCUCCUGCCAGAUUUAGAGGAAUGCUGUGAUUGUACAGAUACAUGGGAAGAAUGUAUUUUAAGGACAAUUCCAAAAGCAGCUUCUGAAGGAAAUAAGAAGACAGCUUUGUUCAUAACAAUGUCUAUCCUACUCAUUCUGAGUAUAGGAGGGAUCAUAUUUUAUUGGAGAAAAUUCAGAGUCAAAAGACAGUCUGUCAAAAAAGCUGGAUAUGAAAAGCUUCCAGAACAGACAAAGUCAUUUCAGUCAUUUCAAAGCAACCGAGAGAGCACUUCCAGCUUCCAUAAGGACCAAGUCAUUGAAUACAGAGACCGGGAUGAAGAGGAGGAAGAAGACGAUGAUGAAGAUAUUGUGUACAUGGGUCAGGAUGGGACAGUGUAUCGGAAAUUUAAAUAUGGACUACUGGAAGAUGAUGAUGAUGAAGAUUUAGAAUAUGAUGAUGAAAGUUAUUCAUUUAGAUGAGUUUUACUUAAAAUACUGCCUUAGUCAAAAAAGGGACUGUUUAGUGAGAAUUCUAAGUACAAAACUGGGGCAAAACUAAGAACAAUGCAUAAGACUUAGCAACAAAGAAAGGUACAUUUAUUUUCAAUAAAUCACCUUUUUAACUUGAAACAGUA